UGAUAAAUACAAUGAAUCUAUCCUGGCAUUAAGCUUAAUAUCCCCACCUACAUGAUUGGAAUGAUAUUCAUCAAUGUCUAUUUUCUAUUUUUAGCCUUCACCAACUCUUUAGCUUUCACCAACUCUUUAUGUAAAAAAAUGUAAUCAACCAUUUGCUACAAUUAUCUCUAUAAUAUAGUAGCAAUUCAAUUGUUAAUUUCUUCAGUUGGUUUUUAAAGAAAGCAUUUAAGAUAUGCAUUUCAUUCACCCAUUACUGAAGAAGUGAUGAAAGGAAGUGCAUUCAUUAAAAAAAAGGAAGUAACAUAAUGUUACAAUUAGCAUUAUACAUAGAACGUGGGCAUGAAAAAGAUUCCAAAACAAACACUUGAUGUGGUAUUUAUUCAAGUAGUGCAAGUUUCACCUCCCAAAAGAGUCAUUACAAUAUGUCGAAGCACAAAAGUGAAGAAAUUAUUUUGAUCUUAACAUUUCUUUUACUUAUCUCAAACUUAUGUUGGUUGAUGAGUCCUAAGAGAGUGAAGGAGUGUAACAAUGGCAAGAAAAAUAUACAAAUUUUUCUAUUAGCAGGGCAAAGCAAUAUGGCAGGACGUGGCGGAGCCAUUAAAAAAUCUAUUGGAGGAAAUACUACCGAAGUAUGGGAUGGUUUUCUGCCUAAAGAAUGUAAACCUAAUAAAAAAAUCUUACGAUUUAAUGCUGCUCAAAAAUGGGAAGAAGCACAUGAACCUAUGAAUUAUGGGAUUGAUUGCUUAGUAAGUUGUGCACUUGGCCCUGGAAUGGCUUUUGCUAAUGAAAUUCUUAAAAAAGAUUCAGAAUUUGGGGUUAUAGGUUUAGUACCUUGUGCUAGAGGAGGAACUGGUUUGUAUAGGUGGAGACGUGGGUCUUAUGCUUAUGAUGAUUUGAUUAGAAGAGCAAAAUCAGCUGAAAAAGAUGGAGGAACUUUUAGGGCAUUACUUUGGUAUCAUGGUGAGGGUGAUAUGAGAGCAAAGAAUGGGUCAAGUUCGUAUAAGUCCAACUUUGAGAAAUUUGUUCAUGACUUGCGUACUGAUUUGCAAUCUCCUAACCUCCCCAUUUUGCUGGCCGUCCUACCAUACCCGAAAAAGCCAUUUGAAGGGCCAUAUAUAGAAGAACUGAGAGCAGCUCAAUUGGGAAUUAACAUCUCAAAUGUGAUCAAGUUCGACGCAAAGGGACUAGAAAUGAGUAGGGAUGGCAUUCAUCUCACUACGCCAGCACAAGUUCAACUUGGUCGUAUGUUUGCACAUGCUUUUUUGAGCCUAAAGAAUUUCAGAUCGAGGACAACCUUUAGUUUCUACAAGUUUUUCCCUUCUAAUAUAUUCUCUUAGAUCUUUCUGCUGAUCCUUGUAGAACUAGGUGUCAAAUAAACUUUCAUACCACGUUCAUAUAUUAUAUACAGUAGUACAAGCAGUCCAGCUAAUGUGUUUGAGUGCAUCAAAUUAAAGAUGCAUAAUAUGUUUACUUUCAACACAAUUUGGUUUCUUCUUUAUGCAUUUAUGUUCAUAUC